AUGGAGCGAACAAGAUGGAGGAGAAGAGGCCCAUUGAUGAAGCGUACUCCCACAGUACCCCUUCCACCUGGCCUUUUGCCUUCUAUUGAGGCAUUCAGAAGAGGCUUCCAGAAGGUUUGCUACGAGCUAAAUGCCCCGUCCCAUCCUAAUCUUCGUGCCUUCAUGGAACGAGAGAAAGAGGAAUGGUCUAACAAUAGCAGUCCGAAACCUCCUCAGUUCGCUCCGUCCGGUCCUAAGCGUUACCUUCAAUGCCCGGCAGGUUUUAAAAUGUUACACCUCAAGAAGUUCCUACGGCUGAAGUAUGGCCUCAGUGCCAACUGCAAUCCCCAUGAUAAAAACUAUAAUCGACCACCGUCCUGA